AUGUAUGAAGCAAAAUAUUCUCAUUAUUUUAGACAAAUUCUUCCAACAACAGAUCAGGAAUCACUUGGGCAAAUAUGCGAAAAAAAUACAGGACUGAAAAUAGCUUUUGAUGAAGAUGAAGAUGACGAUGAAGAUGAAGAUGAAGAUGAAGAUGAAGAUGAACAUGACCAUGAAUAUGUUGAUGAAGAUGAAGAUGAAGAUGAAGAUGAAGAUGAACAUGACCAUGAAUAUGUUGAUGAAGAUGAAGAUGAAGAUGAAGAUGGAGAUGAUUACUACGAUAACCACCGUAAACGAUAA